GAUCGAGCCCUGCUGGUAUCCAUGGUUGAGUUCAAAACGCACAUAAAUUGAAAUCAUGGGUUUGUGGAGCGGCGGUAGUAGCUAUCUGACCUUAUCGAUCGAUAAGGUCUGUUCCCAUACUACUAUGUCAGACAAGCCUGCCGUUCACCGCCAACUGAAUAUCAAGUCAGGCGUGGCGAAAAGGCUUUUGAAGGAACACAUCCUGUACGCAAAAGAAGCAGAAGAGCAGCAGCGGAAACUCGAUAAGCUUAUCGCCAAUAAUGCUGAAGAGUGGGACGUGAAAAGUGCCAAAAGGAUAUUGGAAGAGUCACACAGGAUGAUCAAGGAUUCUGAUAACCGUCUAGGCAAGGCGGUACAAGAUCUACGAGAACUCGUCAUACGGGUCAAGUCCCAACCUGAGUUUGCAGAAGACGUCGAGCUGCUGCAUGCCGAGGAAGCACUGGAGGAGGCGAGUGUACAUUUGGAUUCGAAGGCCUCGGGAUAGACACAUGCAGCUCAUUAUAGUUUAGUUGGACUCAUGUAUUCAUUGCGUGAUGUGGGGAAGUGUGUAUUGGUUGUUCGUGCUGUUGUGAUGCCUUGAGGCGUGUGAGGGCGUCGAGUAUGCCCACCCAUGCAUCUCGAUCUACGCGCUCUUCUUGCAGGCCUCUGGUCCCUGCAGUUCUUGGAAGACCGACGCCGAGUGAAGGGGGAACGAAUCCGAGAGGUGGGGCUGUGAUUGCAGAUGGUGCAAUUCGUGACUGGCGGAUAUGAGCCAGUGAAGAGCGAAUAGCUCCUUGAAUUGACUACGGAAAUUGAGUUUAUAAAUUUUUUUGACAUGUGUGAUGACUGACGUCUAGCCGUUCAAAGUACUCGC